GCGAAAUGGCUAUUAUAUGAAACAUAUGAAUUGAAAGAGUAUUUUAAUGAAAAUAGUUUGAUCCGGCUGCCCAUAUAUGUCCAUUUUCCAGUAAGUAAUGGAGCAUGCCACUUAAGUAAUGCGCAAGUAUUUUACAUAAUAGUACAGAUUAUUUUUCUGACAAGAGUAACUCUUGAUUGGACUUAAAAAUGAUUAAAAUGCUUUUUUUUUAUGUAAUUAAAAAAAAAAAUUUUACUUAGAUGAGGAAUCACGAAAUUUUCUCGAUAUUUUCCUUUACCAGAUAUAAGUAAUUAAUAUUUGAUCCAGAUAUGUGAUACCUACCCAGUACCACUCCACGCCCGGUCUUCUAGGCACCCCAAAGUUUUCAGCUCCCAUUUUGCUCCUCUCUACGCUCCUAUAAAAUCUCUCUUAACUAAAGCUCUUUCUCUCUCCCAUCCCCCUCUUUGUGCACACUGUUCUAGAACACGAAGCUCAACUCAACCAGCGAUGGCUUCCUCUACCAUCAAAAAAGUCCACAUUAUUACCCAAAUCGUCCGCCUCAAGCAAGUUGUCAAGCGAUGGAAAGACAACUCCCUUCGUUCCCGCUCCGUGCUCUCUUACUCUUCUUCUGAUUCCGACGAACCCGGUUCUGCCCUACCCAACCGGCGUUGUACACCUUCCGGUUCUUUGGCGGUCUAUGUAGGCAAUGAGCGCCGCCGGUUCGUGAUACCGACCCGGUUUUUGAAUCUACCAAUAUUCAUUUCGCUACUUGAUAAGGCGGAGGAGGAGUUCGGCUUUCAGCCCACCGGCGGGUUGGUUUUGCCUUGUGAAGUUGAGUUCUUUUCGGAAAUCUUGAGGUUGCUUGAAAUUGAUGAAGAGAGAUUCGGUGUUUUAAGGUUGGAUGAGAUUGAUUUAGAUCAGUCUUGUAAAGAAGCUGAAGCUGUUUCACAUGGAUUUGUUCCACUGCUUCAGAAUGCUAGGGCUUAGAACGGACCGGUUUUGUAGCCCGGCCCAAUUUGGUUCGAUUUUCGAGGAGGAAGAUUUAGGUUUUAGGGUUUUUUUUUUUGGGGGGGGUGGACGGGGAGUGGGAGCCGGUGGGUUAUUUUUCAACCCUUUGUGAACCCAGAAAUUUGGUUUUAUGAAGGUUUGCUGGAUUCCCAAAGAGACGUUGGUGAGAUUUUUCCUUUUUAACCCCUAAACUAUGAUUAUUAUUAUGGUGGGGUGACAAGCUGAUGAUUAUUAUUGUUAUUAUUAUUACUAUGAUGAUGAAAUUAGCUUGAAUUAAUGAAAUAUUCUGGUCAUUUGACUUUGGAAAUUUGAAAACA